CUUCAGCAGUUCUUAAUGCACAAUACAGCAGUCUCCUUCUGAGAGUCAGGACUAGAGAGAGAAUUUGCUGAAGAGAAGGAAAAACAAACAAACAAACAAACAAACCAAACCAGCCCCAAAAAAACUGUGCGUGAAGGGGGAGGAAAAGCAGGGCCUUUUAAAAAGGGAAUCACAACAACUUUUGCUGCCAGGAUGCCUUUGCUUUGGAAGAGAGGAUUUUUGUUGGUGCUUUGCUGGAUUAUAGUGAGGAGUUCCCCAACCCCAGGAUCGGAGGGGCACAGUUCAGUCACUGACUGUCCAUCAUGUGCCCUCGCCACGCUCUCAAAGGAUGUGCCCAGCUCACAGCCUGAGAUGGUGGAAGCAGUAAAGAAGCACAUACUGAACAUGUUGCACUUGAGGGACAGACCUAAUAUCACCCAGCCGGUGCCCAAGGCAGCACUUUUAAAUGCCAUCAAAAAACUCCACGUGGGAAAGGUGGGAGAGGAUGGUUAUGUGGAAAUAGAGGAUGAUGUUGGAAGAAGAGCUGAAAUGAAUGAAGUUGUGGAGCAAACCUCAGAAAUCAUCACUUUUGCGGAAUCAGGCACAGGCAAGAAAAUGUUGCACUUUGAGAUUUCCAAGGAAGGCAGUGAAUUGUCAGUGGUGGAACAUGCUGAAGUAUGGCUCUUCCUGAAGGUCUCCAAGGCCAACCGGAGCAGGACAAAAGUCACCAUCCGCCUGUUUCAACAGCAGCGGCAGCCAAAAGGCAACUCUGAAGGACCAGAAGAUAUGGAGGAUGGGGGGCUGAAAGGUGAAAGGAGCGAGACUUUGAUUUCAGAAAAGGCAGUGGACACCCGUAAGAGCACUUGGCACAUCUUCCCUGUCUCCAGCAGUGUCCAGAGACUCCUGGACCAAGGCAAGAGCUCUUUGGAUGUGCGGAUUGCCUGUGACCUAUGCCAAGAGACUGGAGCCAGCCUGGUGCUACUGGGCAAGAAGAAGAAAAAGGAAGAUGAUGGAGAAGGGAAAGAAAAGGAAGCCGGAGAAUUUACAGGAGAAGAGGAGAAGGAGCAAUCACAUCGCCCCUUCCUGAUGAUGCUUGCCCGGCACUCAGAGGACCGCCAGCACAGGCGGCGGAGACGAGGCCUGGAGUGUGAUGGCAAAGUCAACAUCUGCUGCAAGAAGCAGUUCUUUGUCAGCUUCAAGGACAUAGGAUGGAGUGACUGGAUCAUUGCACCUACAGGUUAUCAUGCCAACUACUGCGAAGGAGAGUGCCCCAGCCAUAUAGCAGGCACAUCUGGUUCAUCAUUAUCUUUCCACUCCACUGUCAUCAACCAUUACCGCAUGCGGGGCCAUAGCCCCUUUGCCAACCUCAAGUCAUGUUGCGUGCCCACCAAGUUGCGGCCCAUGUCCAUGCUCUACUACGACGAUGGCCAGAACAUCAUUAAGAAAGACAUACAGAAUAUGAUUGUGGAGGAGUGUGGCUGUUCAUAGACACAUGUGUGUGCAAGACCCUUCUCGUUACGUUGAGAAGAAAAUGUAUCAAAAGCCCAAGAAGAGGAAAGACCAGACAUGGUAUAACCUUUUUUGAAUGAAAUAAUUAUUGGAAAUAAAAGCAAAAACAAAAGAGAGAGAGAAAACAGAAUAAAAAAAUAAUAAAAAAAAAGAGACUUACGGAGGAUCAGAAAAGACUUCAGCUAUAAAAAGGAAGAAAGCUUCAUGAAUCCGGGCUUGAAUGAGAUACAUCUGAAUGGCGGUAUGGGUUGGGGAUUUCCCCUUCCUUUCAGUAUGCUCCUUAUCUUAUUACAUAGUAUAUUAAACAUUAGUUAUUACUAGGGGAGUUAUGUUCCCUCCCUUAGUUACCCACCAGUUCAAGCCGUGGUAGCAGCUCAUCUAACCUGCAGCAAUUUGGACGAAGUCCAAAACGUCAUUGAAAUUUCUUGAAAAGCCAUGUGUAUGAACACUACAUUCACUGGCACUUUCCCCCCAAAUUUACCGAGGACCUGAGUAGGUGUGUAGUGUUUGCAUGUAUAUAUAUAUGGCUAUGUAUUUAUAUACGUAUCUCUAUACAUACACACACUAUACACAUACAUAUCCUUAACAUUGGUAAAGGGACAAUAUUGUGCAGGUGUAUACACCUUCAUCUUCUGCACUACAUUUACAAAAAAAAAAAAAAA